CACUCGCCAAACCAUGAGGACCUUCGCCGCUCUUGCGCUCUUGGCUCAGGUGUGCCAGCUCGCCCUGGCCAUCGAAACGGCUCCUUAUGACCUAGUUAACUCCGCUGAGACGUACGAGGAGCGCGUGUACCCGGCGCAGAAGUGGGUCACCACAUCCCAUCUCUCCAUCUCUCACCACGAAGCCACCAGUGACGUCAUGUUCCGCAAGUUGUUCAACUACAUCGACGGACAGAAUGAUGCAGCCAUGAAGAUUGACAUGACAGCCCCCGUGACCACGCUGGUCAUCCCCGGAGAAGGACCCAACUGCGAGAACAACUUCACCAUGAGCUUCUACGUCCCCGCCGCCCACCAGGACAACCCGCCUACGCCCACCAACCCUGACGUGUACAUCGAAGACCGACCGGAACUGCACGUCUUCUCCAGGAGGUUCCAUGGGUUCGCCAACGACGAGGACUGGAUCGUCAACGCCGCGCAGCUUCACGACGACCUGGUGGCAGCCGGCGAGGAGGGCGUCGACUUCCAGACCUACUACACUGUUGGCUACGACUCUCCCUUCGUUAUCGUCGGUCGCAACAACGAAGUUUGGUUCAUGAAGAAAGACAUGAAUUGAGACUUGUCUAAAAUGGUUUAUAAUUGUAGCUUAUAUAUUAUUUAUUGAUUUAGGUACUGAUCGACAACAAUAAAAAGUUGAUGGUUA